CCGAAGGAAAAAACUGGUUAUUAGAUUGGCGAAUGCGGGCGGGCGGAACAAGCUUGUCCGGGCCAUAACUAUGUUGUUCAUUGUCAGAUUUAAAAAUUAUUUGGCAAAUUUGUUCACCAUCAUUGGACGGUGUGUCGGGCGAAAGAAUUACGUCGAUAUCUCCAAGGUCAAGGUCACACUUUGAGCUCAAAGAUUCACCUUUGAAAAAUGGCUAGACAGAUUUCAACCGCAGUGUCUGACUUCUUUCUUGCCUGUUCCAUCGUGUUUGUCGUGAACCAUCUCUAUCAAGCAUCAGUCCCAUUCGCCGCGAUUGGACUGACUAUCCAAGGUGUAGCUGCAUCAGUUGGCAUCGUCAGAUUUUUUAUGCUUCGGUCAGAAAUGGGACCAGUUUUCAGGAUGCACAAAUUUAUGUCCUGGUUGAGUACCACAGCAGGAAUGGGACUUGUGUCAUAUGAAUUCUGUUUAAAACAUGAAGCAGUUACAACUGGCCAUCUGGUUAUGUCAUUUGCUAUUAUAGUUACCAUGACAACACUAUUCAUGAAUGCAGAAAACAAGAAGCUGUUUGUGGAAGCUUGCAGUGGACUAAGUCUGCUGACCAUUUUGAUUUUGUCAGUGUGCUAUUACAAUAUUUACGGAGUUGCAGCUGCCGUAAUAUACAUUUUAUCGGGUGCAAUAAUUGGCUCUGAAGGCACUUUACUAGGCUUGCGAAGAGUUGACCUUCUUCACUAUGGACUUAUUGUGGGCAAUAUGGCAUUUAUGAAAGCCUUAUUGUGAAACAAAUGAACCAUUUUAUGACAUUUCUGGUAUAAAUUUUCUUUUGAAGAACAUAUUACAUCUUGAUUUUAAUACACUCUAGUCUUAUGAAUUGUUUAUUUUUUUAUUGGACAAUUAAACCAAAGACGCUGCAUAUAAAUGGAAAAUAGACACAAAUUGUGCUCAGUUUGUUCUCUGUUAAAACUUGAAUUUUGAGCAAAUAUUACUCUGCUCUCAGUUUUAUUGAGGGAUCAGUAUUUUUAAUGAGAUACAACUGUGCAUGAAAGGCUCUAGGUCACUCUGGCCCGAAGAAACUGAACUGUUGUGGGAGCUUUUGUAAGACAAAGUACUUUAGAAAUAAGCUAAAACAUCAUUACACGGUAGUUCAAGUGUUCUUAGAAUAAGAUCAUGAUAUGGCAAAAAAUAAGACGUAGAGCAUUCCCAAGAUUACACAUUAGCCAUACAUUGAACAAAACUAGCCUCCUACACAUGUAGUUGUAUUAAAUGGUUUGUGUUUAAUAUUAUUAUUGAUGUUUUAUGUCCCCUCUGAGCCUUUUUUUUAGAGAUUUUAUUUAAAUGUGAUCCCUUGGGCUUUACUUUUUUGAACCACACCUGAAUGAAUUUGUAUUGAACCAUAAAACAAUGCUUCACCCCAAAUAUUAAACCCCUGACCCUUAUGGUUUCAGAGAAGAUUUUUUUGAUGUUUUUAUUUUUACAAUCUAUUUUUGACUUAAGUGACCCACAUCUGCAGUUGACCGAAACUAUUUGAACACAUUUGGAAGAGGGUCUUCAAUUGUUCAUUGCAUACUUUAAAAUAUCUAGGGGUUAGGAGGAGAUGUCUAUAAAAAAGUUAAUUUUUAGACAACUGGCAACAUUGUAUCCCUAAAGCUCCUCAUGAGCUAAAAACGGACAGGGUUUAGUUUUGGCUCUGCAUAUGAUAAUGUUCAUUAUUAAGCACAAAUGUAUUCUGAUGCAUAAUUAACCCUUUCCCACUUACAUUUGCAGUCCCUAAGAAAAAUAAAUUAUUUUAAGAUCUUUCUUACUAGAUUCAAGUUUUUAAGGCUUCAUUUCCAACACUUAAAUACUGAUGAGCAGCAAACAGCAUAAAACCUGAACAGACUGCAAGUUGCUGGCAGGCUGUUCUGGUUUAAUGCUGUUUGCACAUAGCAAUUUUCACUUUGCUUAAGAGAGGUGUUAAUUAAGAAAUAUAUUAAUUGUUUUAUGUUCCUGAAUCUUUUGGUAAUAUAUCUUCUGAAUUAUUUAUUACAAAACUGUAUUAUACAGUAUAUGUAAUGUAUACAACUUGUUGACUGCUAGUCAAAUGUGUUCAGAAAUUUAAAAAUAAAUAAAUGUUGUGUUA